UAAAUACAAACGAAAUCAAAAGUAAUAAGAAUAAUAAUAAUUAUUCGUUAUUGAUACUCGUAAUUAAGUACACAGGUACCUAUUACGAUCAGUUGAGAAGAUCCGUCCAUACUCACUUGUCAGCAGUCACUGCCAGUCAGCAUUUGCAUUUAUCAGACUUCACGCAACAGCACCAGUUUCUGUUUCGCCCUUGUUUUCCUUUAUGUUAUAAUUAUUGGCUUAUUACAUCGCUCAAAACCAUCUAAAUCUUAUUUUUAUGUGCUGAAUUAUUUUGUUAAGAAGAUGCCCGACUGUGUAGCGCCUGGGUGUGAUUCGGGGCGGGCUGGAUGCUCGAAAAGCCUUUCGCGAUUUCUGUUCCCCAAAGACGCUGAGCGAAGAGCUGCGUGGACACGUGCUGUAUCCCGACGGAAUUUCUCUCCUUCUUAUGCGUCGUGUUUAUGCGAGCAGCAUUUCGAGGCGCGCUAUAUCAUUCGUACGGACAUCCUGAGGAAACCGGACGGAACGACUCUGGAGUACAAACGCGAGCGGCCCAAACUGACGAAGGACGCCAUACCCACCAUAUUCCCUCGAAACGCUGCAGUGCUCAGCGAAACUGGCAACCCUGUCUCCGUCCAGAAACAUUUGCGGAGGAAAACCACGAAGGCACCCCCUGCCACUGCCACGGCGAAUCACUGCCACGGCGCACAGGAGCGAGAAUUUACAGAAGCGGAGAUGGAAAGCGACGAGUCUCGUGUGGAGAACUUGCACGAUCUGCAACGAGUGCUGGCGUCUGACCACGUAUCGCGCAUCUUAUCAACGCGUGGAUGGAAACAGGAUUGUACUGAUGCCUGCGUAAUCUUGUACAAAGUGUCGCGCACUCCGGGGUAUUUAUUUAUCGACCGCCAGAUCCGAAUUUCCGAAGCGUUGGAAGUGAGUGUCAUUGUGAACAGCAGCAGCAGCGCAGCGUCUGUGCGCAGGUUCGCAGCUGUCCCUGCAACGUUGUCCUCCUCAUCCGAAUUGUUGGAUCUGCUGCGCUGUGUGGAAUCUCUGUCCAGUGGGAAUCCUACUGGAGCUGGAGCGGAAGAAGACGUAGAUUCCCGACUUGCAUAAACCGCAAUCUAGUUUCUGGCCUCGUUACCCUGUGCUGUACUGCCGUUGUUGUGAAGCUGGCAUUUGCCAGCUUUUAAAGAAGUGUACUUACUAGCGGUGGUCGUGAACCACAUUAUUGCACAAGCGCGAGCGCCAAUACCACUGGGAAAUGGUAUUGGGGUUGUGGAAUUGGAAAAGCGUGACGUACGCUCUUCGUGGCGUCAGACAAAUUUUAUGCUCUUGACGAAGACUUAUUGCAGCACCUCGCGCUUCGCGCUCGGUGCAAAUUAGCAACGAAUAUGAUUGAUCUCUUUAAUGUCUCUGCACUUCUUCAAUAUUUUCCGUUUUCGUGUGAUGUGAUCAUUUGGCUGAUUAAAGAACCUCAUUCCGUGUUGAGAAUAUGAUGUAGUUAAGUAUAACAAAUAUUGUACGUCUGUGCAGUGUAUACAAGCAGCUGCAAGAACAGGAACAGAUCCAAAAGACAAAAUUCGUGAGCAUGAUGUUGCAGUUGCACGGCGGAACCGGAAGUGGAAGCAGCAGCCGUAGGCCAGUCGUAAGCGCCGCCGCCCACCGGGUGGCGGCGCUUGCCGUGGCGGCUUGCGCUCCUGUCGGCGUGCCACGUGCAGG